ACUAUUGCAAUAUGAUGCACCCAAAAACAACAGAAAUUCAGUUUUUCAAUUAGAUUUCCCAAUUAAAAAGCGUAUCUAAAUCCAAAAAUAAAAAUCGUCUUUUAUGGAAACUUGUUUAACAUUUUGUUUUCUUACCUUGCGCCGUGUUAUGUGACUUGGCAACUCUUUAGACAAAAAAACAAUUGCACAAGCAAAGGAAAGUCGCAAAAAACGAAAGCAAAAGUGGAUUAUACAUAUAUGUACUUAUAAAAUAAACAUGCAACGAUUGGGAUUCAUAACAAGACAUGCUGCAGCUGCAGUUGCGCAGCAGCAACACCUGCGUCCCUUGUCUAUCCACUGGAAUUUGGCCCAGAACCAAAAGCCGGCAGGUGGAAAUCAAAGUGCACCCAAGACCCGAGACACCCGGUCACCCAAGGCUUCAGCCCAGAAGAUCACCCUCAUCCAGCAGAACCAGUCGAUGAGCAUAACCACGCUGGAGGAGGCCCAGAAAUUGGCCAAACGACGGGAGCUGCACCUGUUGCGCCUAGAGCAGACGGAUGCCAAAACGGGAAGGGGCAUGUUCAAACUAGUCACUGCAGCCGAAAUGCUGUCAGAUGAUGCGGAUCCAUCGAAAUCCUCCAGCGAAAAGGCCAAGGAGAAGAAGUCGGAGAAAUCCCUAACCAUUGGAGCACGCAUCACGGAACAUGAUCUCUCCUCGCGACUGAAGAACAUUGUCAAGUGGCUGGCCAAGCGGCACGAGGUGCGCAUCCUCAUCCAGGGCCACGCCAGUGGAUCCGACGAAAGCGGCUCCGAGCGAAUAGUCAAGACCAUCGAACAGACCAUCAAAGAGCCGCAAGUGAUUGGCAGGAUAGUGCAAAAGCGCAGCAAGAGCUCCUUCAUCAAGUUCACCAUUAUCCCAGUGGCUAGCCCAGCUAAUCCCAAUGCGAUCCAGUCGUGACAACUACCGCCGUUGCCUCGGAUGAGCCACAAUCACAGCUCGGCAAUAGCAAAGCCACCGGGAUUCGCCUUUCAAAUGUCUUCCCGCCAUUUUUCCGAUAGGAUCAAAAAAGAACGCGAAAAGCCCGUCGAGAUAAAUGCCGCUUCCAUAGUCACCAUCGGGUCACUAUUUCUUUUAUUCUGCUUUAAAUACUUCUACUGGCAUCAGCAUUUGAUGACCCUGAUGGAGAAAGACGACACAGAAUCCAAAAAGAAGAAAACUAAAAGAAGGAAAGAUCUCCAUCAACAACAUGAUCAAAAGCUGCAUGAACACAGUCACGAUUAGCGAUUACCAAAACUGUUAUAAUAUCUGUUAUUUGGCUCAAAAUUGUACCAUCUUCAUAAAUAAAACACCACACUAUCAA